GAAUUGUUAGAAAGUUCAGGUGUAUCAGCAGUCAGCAGAAGUACUCCUUGCAAAAGCUCUUGCCAAAAUUGCGGUUGAUUUUUCCCUUGAAGCACUUUCUUCUGUUGUCUCAAUGCCAAGUGGUACAGUGAUUUUAAAUGCCAUUUGUUGUAGGGAUUCAGUUAAGAAAAGGUCACUUCUAACAUCAGUGGAGAACCAUGUCACACUACUUCUUGAAGCCGGGAAACUGUACACACCAUCCUAAGUUCCUAGUUUUUUUCUGUCUCUGCUGAAACACUAAAAGAAAAUUACUAAGAUGGUUGUUUGUUGCACAAAUCUGUGGUUACUACACUGAGGAGAAUCUUUAUCAGAAGACAAAGUUAAUUCGAUUGAAGGGUUAACUCUAACAGCAGAUGGACAAGGUGCUGUUUUCAAUGUUGUACAAUCGGAUGUAGAUCAGUUCAUAGCAGCUGGAUCAAAGAAUGCUGAAAGUAUGAGCUUGGAGUAAUAAGUUGCCUAAACUUCAAGAGAGAGAGAACCAGUGCGGAGAAGAUAUGGUCGCGGUGGCAACCAAAUGGGAAAUAGGUUUGGUCGUGGCAGAGGAGGCGGCAGUAGAUUUGGUCGUGGUGGUGAUGGUAGAGGCCAGAGAUGGUGAAAAUCUCUAACCCAACACCUUCCCAUUGAUCAAAACUCCUAAAAUACCAUAACUAUUUUAUUUAUUUGUUUUUGUUUUAUUUUCUAUAAACAACUUUUAAGGGGAAGCUCUUUUGUUGCUCUUUUAUCAAUUUUGUGUAAUUUGGAUGAUAAUGAUGACAACUCUUAUCAGUGUUCAUGGCUUACCAUUUCUUCCGGGUGAAAUGAUUCUUUAAUGGUUUGAGCAUUUGAUUUUAUGGAGAGAUAACAACACCAUGCUAUUUUAAAGACAUUUCAGCAUUUUUGUAUAUAUGUUCGACAUGGAACACCCUAACCCGAGCAUCGCCUGGACAUCACAUGAUAUGCGGUCCAAAGCACUUCCACGACCCCUGAUUAUCACCAAUGCUAGCAUCCUCGGGUUAGUGUUCAUGAACUUGUUUAAAUCAACGUAGGCUUUCUCAAAACUGUAUCGUCGAUGUUGGCUGGAAGGUCUACGGUCUACCCUGUUACUAAGGGGAGAAUAGUCCUCUAACAUAUUCCAUACCGACACCAAUCUGCUCACAUUUUAGCUGAAUUCUUGUUUUCUCCUAAGUUCAAUAAGAAAGUUUUAAUUUUUCAUAUGUUUGUAUGACUAGUACACAUAAACUAGGAUCCAUAUUUGUAAUGCCUCAAAAUCUAAACCUUAUAUAAUCAGAAAUUGUGAUUCAUAUGAAAAUUUAACACCAUGAAACAACAAACGCGCUUCCAUAUCAUCUCCAAACUUCACGUUUGAGAACAUGUAACAAUCGACCCUUAUUCAAUCCCAUAGAAGAAAAUCGGACUUUACUCUGGAUUGCCCCAGUAACUCCUAUGUUCAUUCUAUUUUAUCCCACCAAUUAAAAACAAUAUAAUUUUUAAUAUAUUUUAAUCAGAAACGUGGUGAAAAUCGAAAUUGCCCUUAAUGAAACCAAGUAUUUACAGGAUCCAACCUAAACUAUUUGACUCGACCCACUAUUAGCCGGAUCCUUAACCAGAUCCGCGCGUUCCUUUCCCUUUUCUCUUCCAUUGUCGUCUCUCACUCUCUUCUAAACUUUCUAAACCUGAAAAUUGAAAAAAAAUCCUAGAACCGACGAAAACGAUGAAGCUCACCGCAUUGACUGCUUCCUUCACUGCUUCUUCUCUGAUCUUCCCUUAGUCCCUCGUGCCAUUCCUUGUUACUCUGAUUUCAUCAUUUCCCCAAAUCAGUCUGUAACCCUAGAUUUGACGAAAUCAAUUGAAAAAAUUGAUCGAAUCAACUGCUCCUGCGGCGUAUUCUAUUCUCCCGCUCCUUCUGUCGGCGACACAAUCGACGGAACCCUAGACUUCAUCUCCCAUCUCCUGUUUUCGUUCUCGUCUCUUCCGUGUAAAAGGGGAUCAAGAUAUUGAGAGGCUAUAGAUAAUGGCAGGCCGAGGUCGAGGGAGAAAAAAAUCUCAGCAGAAAAAGUCCACAAAAAGAAACAGUGCUCCUGUAGAAGAGCAGCAUGUAGAAGAACUUUCAACAGAGAAUGAUAGUGAUGAUCUGCCAGCACACGGAAUUGAGUCUGAUAAUCAGGGAACCGAUAAUCAGUCUGCAUCAUCUCAGGUAAAUUAUUCCCAAAUGCUAAUAAACAGACUAGUAAGAAACAAAUGCUAAUAUAAUUUUUAUUUGGUUUACAGGAGUGCCAACCACUGCCACCUGAUGAGCUAUGUUUCAAGAACACCGAGUUCACCCAGACGUGUAAGAUACAGAGGAAGUGUUAUGUGACCGAGACGGUGAAGUUUCUGAAGAAGGCUAGGUUUAAGCCUGAGCUCGAGUGGUUUGAAAACCACCCUCAGUUUUGCCAUUUUUUCCACAUGCCCGAUGAACCAAACUUGAAGCUGCAUGGUAUGUGGAUGCUUCUACUGCGCACUGUUCCUUUACAUGAGUCAGAGGACACAUCUUGGUUUGCUGUUAAUGGAGUGCCCAUUCGGUAUUCAAUGAGAGAGCAUGCUCUCAUCUCGGGAUUGGACUGCCAUGGCUACCCGGCUAAGUAUAAGAAGAUUGGAAGCUUUGCGUUUGUAGACAGGCAUUUCAAAUCACAUAAGGAGAUCACUAUGCUAUCUGUGAGAGAGAAGUUGUUGAGUAUGAGUGUGUGUGGGGAUCGACUCAAAAUGGCAGUGCUUUACUUCUUAGGCACGAUUAUCAGAGCGAGGGGAAGGUAUAAUGCCCCGUUCGACCCUUUCGUAUUAAGAAUCGUCAACGAUGUGGAGGUUUGUAAAACCUUUCCUUGGGGUCGGUUGACGUUUGAAGAUGCUCUCCGGUCCAUCACUCACGUGAUGAAGCAUCUGAAAGGGAAACCUAAGAAUAAUGUCAACUUUCCCGGGUUCAUAAUUCCUUUGGAGGUAAAUUUGAUUUAUCCUUAUGAUUUUUUUUUUUCGAGUGUAUUUUUUUUCUUAUGAUUUUUUUUUCUUUUGACAAUCAGAUCCUGGCAUUUGAGUGUAUUCCAGCUCUGAAAGCACGAUUAAGAGAAGGCGUAGAAGGCUGUAUGAGUAAGUGUCCGAGGAUGUGUAAAAAGCGGUUCCAAAGUAACAGCAUGAAGGGUUAUCCUCUUGAGGAUUUGUACGACACACUAGGAGAAAUUAAGGUAUGUGUUACGUGUUGUUUUGUUUUUAUUAAGUGAGUGGAAUACAAUGUGUUUGAUAUUUUGUUUGGUAUAAAUUUUCAGGUUAUUGAAAGUGUUCUUGUUCCUACUGUUGAUGAGGAACCUCUCAUGGCACGCUUAAUGGAUGGGGAGCCAGACUAUAAAAAUGAAGAAGGCGUGAGUAAUUUGUGGAGCACGUGGUUGACUGUUAAGGAGAAGCCUAUCUUUUGGCAAGAACUCUAUGAGUUAGAUGUGGCUGCAAGGGAGUUUCCUCAGAAGAAAGACAAAAGGAAAGUGCAUGAAGAAGCAUCCUCCUCUAAUACAAGUUUGGAGGACGUUUUGAAAGGGUUUGAAGAGAGGUUGAUGACAAGUUUGAGUGAAGUAAAUGGGAAGGUGGAAAAAAUGAACAAGAGGCUUGGGAAGAUUGAACGUUGCCAAGUUGUUUUAAAAAAGAGGUGUAAAAGGAUGAAGACAAUGGAGAAGAAGCUUGAGAAGAUUGAAGAUUGCCAAUAUUAUUUAAAAAAGAAGGCCAAGAAGGUGGAGAAAGAAAUGAAGGAAAUGAAAGAGAAGAGGAGGAUAAGGAGAACAAUGACGGUUUCGACUAUCAUGGCAUGGAUUAUGACUGGGGUGGACAGUGGAAUGACAGCAAUGGAGCGGACGCAACAACCAAAGAACCUGAAGAUGCAGAUAUGGUUGAAAAUACAGAGGUGGUAGAAGAGAAAGAGAGUGAAGAAGACGCUCAGAAGGACGAUAGAGGUUCUGAGGAAGAGACAUAACCUGAACCUGAAGCAGAAGCAGAAGCUGAAGAAGACAAAGAAAAAGAGGAUGAGGAAGAGAGUGAAGAAGAGGCUCAGAAGGAACCUGAUGAGGUUCAAGAUGAGGUUGAGAUGAAUGAAGCCAAUGAGAUUGAAGAAGAGGUUGAAACAGAGGCUCGGGUUGAAGUUGAAACCGAGAAAACUCCUACACCACCAUGUGGUAGGACUAAGGCAGCAGCCGCGAGGAGACAAAUCCUAACAACACCAGAGAAGUUGUUUGGAAAUGCUGAAAAAAUGGUGGAGGAAGAGGUGAAAGAACCUGAGGAAGAGGGUGAAAAAAUGGUGGAGGAAGAGGUGGAAGAACCUGAGGAAGAAGGUGAAAAAAUGGUGGAGAAAGAAGUGGUAGAGCCUGAGGAAGAGGCUGGAAAAAUGGUGGAGGAAGAGGUGGAAGAACCUGAGGAAGAGGCUGGAAAAAUGGUUGUCUACGAAGGCAGUACUUGUGAAACGAAGGAAGCUGACAAGGGAGCAGCCAAGCCUUCUGGAACUGGGGUCAAGCAUAGGCCAAAACAAAUGGCAUUGAGGAAGCACGCUACUAAGCAGGCUCCUAAGCCGAGGGGUAGACCGAGAAAGGAUACUGAACCAAAGAAGUUCACAACGCCAGAACAGACAAAAAGGACACGUUCACGUUCACAGUGGGUUUCCACUCCUUUCACUGAAGCUAACACUGAUGAGAUUGAAGGGCGCAAGAAGAAGCCUAGAACAAAGGCGUAGAAGACAAGAAGCUUAAAAUAUUUUGGGUGUUAAGUAUUUAUCUCGGAUUUGUUGUGAACUUAUGUAAGAAGUUAUGUUUUGUUGCUUGCUGGUCUGUAAAACUUGAAUGAUAUCUCUUAUGUAGGAUGCUCUGUGUUGUGUGAUUGUCUUGCAGCAGGUUUAGCCCAAUUGAGGACAAAACGAUCUAAGUCUUAAGAAAACACAUUUGUACUACUAGGUUUAUUAUGUAUUACUAAGACAAACAAAAUUUGUCAACAAUAAGAAAAAAAAAAUAUAAGAAAAAAAAAUGGCACAUGUAUAAAACGUGUAAAACGU